AGUGGCCACGCUCAUCCAGUCACCCCAUCAUCGACUCUGCCGUCCUCGCCGACUUCGCUUUCCCAAACCCCGCAGGCCCCCGCAUCGAUCCACAAAAGCAUCUUCCGCCGCCGCCCGCCUCCCCCCGUCCGCUCCGCACUCCGAUCUCCUCCCAACUCCGACCCGGCGGCCAUGGAUCCGGCGCCGCAGACGCACCCGAUCCUCUCCUACGUGCUCUCCCGCAUCCCCACCCUCGCCAAGCCCAACAAGGCCCCCACUACCUCCGAGUUCGACAUCGAGCAGCCGCCGCCCGUGCACACCCCGUCCCCGCGGACGGCGCCGUCGUCCCCGUCCGCGGGGGAGUUCGAGCUCGUCGAGCGCAUGCCGGGGCUGCGCCACCCGUCCGUGCUCCGCGCCAUGACGCGCGCCGUCGCCGACGUCUCCGCCGCGCGCGCCGCGCUCCAGGUGCUCGGCCCGCGCCCCGACCACGAGCUCGUCGACUCCUCCCGCGCCAUCGUCGCCGCCGCCGAGGCCGGGGACGCGCGGAUCCCCGAAGGGGACGCCGAGGCCUGCCGCGCGGUGGUGCGCCUGGAGCAGACCCACGACGCCUACGAGGCACUGCUGCACGAGGCCGAGGCCAGGCUCGAGAAGGUGUACCGCUCCGCGAUGGAGGGGACUGACCUGGAUGACGACGACGAGGCGGCAGCGGAGAGCGGGAAGGGUAAAGCGCCGGCCGCGGGGCCGGAGGGCGGGGACGCGGCGGUGCAGGAGGAGGUGGUGGCCGUGCUCAAGCAGGCUGAGGACGGCAAGCCGGUGGAGAGCGUGCGCCUCGUGGAUCGGCAGCUUCGCCAACUGCCCGAGGCGUUCGGGAGGAUCCUGGGGCUCCGUGUGCUCGACGUCUCGCGCAACCAGCUCGAGGUUAUUCCAGAUGCUAUAGGAGGACUUGAUCAUCUUGAAGAGCUUCGGCUGGCUGCCAAUUCUUUGGUUUCUCUUCCUGAUACCAUUGGACUGCUAUCCAAACUGAAGAUUUUGAAUGUGUCAAGUAAUAGGCUCAGGGCACUGCCAGAUAGCAUCUCCAAGUGCAGGUCCCUAGUUGAGCUUGAUGUGAGCUACAAUGGCCUCACUUAUCUGCCGACAAACAUUGGUUAUGAGCUGGUAAAUCUGCGAAAACUCUGGAUCCACAUGAACAAAUUGCGUUCUCUUCCAUCAUCUGUCUGUGAGAUGACAUCACUCUACCUCCUGGAUGCCCAUUUUAAUGAAUUAUGUGGUCUUCCAUCUGCCUUCGGGAAGCUUAGCAGUCUUGAAAUACUCAACCUUAGCAGCAACUUUAGUGACCUGAAAGAGCUUCCCUCUUCGUUUGGCGACUUACUGAAUUUACGUGAGCUUGACCUGAGCAAUAACCAGAUUCAUGCUCUCCCUGACACUUUUGGUCGGCUGGAUAAACUGGAGAAGCUCAACCUAGAGCAGAACCCCCUGGCCAUGCCACCAGAGGCCAUUGUGAACAACGGCGUGGAUGCAGUUAAAGAGUACAUGUCAAAGAGGUGGCUGGACAUCUUGCUCGAGGAAGAACAGAGGCGCAUUGCAGCAGAGACCCCACAAGCGUCAUCGACUCCUAAGGCUUGGUUGGAUCGCAGUGUCUCUUGGGUCACGGGUGUUUCUGGGAGUUUGGUUGGUUACCUUGGUGGGAACAAGUCAGACAAAGAUGCAUACCUGGACCAGCAGUUUUGAUUUCUGAUGCUUGCUUCGCCUAGUGUGUAUGCUCCUAAUGUACAUACAACUAAUGUUUUACCAAGUCUUUGUUACUAGGGAAUCGAUGUGUUCCGGGUGAAUCUGUCAUACGGUUUUGCUCCGUUUCUACUCCAUUGAAUAAUAGUAUAAAAAGUUUUAUAAGACUUGAGAGUAUACUCAAGAUAACAUUAUGAAGAGAUAAACAUGUAUUCAGGUAUUUGGGUUUCAUCCUUCGUUGUGAAUUUGUGUUCCAUGUA